UAAAAGGAGAAAUUUAGAAAACAAACGUUAGACGUGUUAAAUUUCAAUUUGUAUGAAUUUAACGCAUAUCAAUCGAAUAGUUUUAUUGCUAUUGCAGAUUGAGACAAAGAAUAAUACACCGUGGAGCAAAACAAUAGGUCAAUAUUGGGCUUAUCUGUUGAACUCGUUAUAACCCAUCGCUUAGUGCCUCUCGUACGAUAAUUAAAAAGUGAUCCGCUAGGAUAUCAGCGAUUCGCUGGAUAGUGUUGCUUAGUUGAAUGAGUACUCUCAAAUACUGGCUCUUGGUUGCAUUUAGGUUUCUUACGCAUUUCAUUUGACAAUUUAACCGUAUCGGGCAGCUUACGCUAACUAGUGCUACUGCUGUAACCAUCGGCGCCAGCAUUUCGUCAUCAGUGUCGUCGACUAACUAUAGCAACCACCACGUAACGAAUAUUACAGAGGUGGUAUGCGAAACGCUGCAAACGGAACUGUCUCAUCAUAAUCAUCAUAUUAACGCUGCCUGGCUUCAAGAAAGUGACUUCUGUGAUAGCAACAGCACCAUAAGUAGCAACACGAUGUUGGAUCUCGAUCGUCAUCCAUUACCGGAUCAACUUGGAUUUCUAGUCCUUUCAGAAGAUGGUUCAGUACAUGCCUCCGGUGGCGAACUGGAGAACGAUGAGCGUAGUGCUAGUAUCAUUAACAAUCUGCUUACUCUCACCGAGAGUGUCGAUUCAACUAUGUUCAAUGCACGUUCAUGCAGAAAAAUAUCCAUCGUAUUCACUGAUCAUAGUUACACCAUAUGCCUUUCAAACAAACGUGUUUACGUCGUCAAGAAACGAAAUCGGAUGGACACUGGUGCGAAUAACACAGGCGAACCGGAAGGCCAUUCAAUUCUAGCAUAAUUCUA